CCAACCGACGCAACGGGACAACAAAACACACCAAAACCUAGGGCGGCGGCGGCGAGAACCACGGUCCGGUCCGGCGGCGCGGAGGAAGGCGAGCACCCCUAGUACGUACCCGCACCUCGCGCUCUACGAUGGCGGCGCCUCCGGCCACGGCUUCCGCGCCUUUCCGGUGCCUGUCCGGCGCCGAGCCGCGCUGCGCCGGUCAGCGGAACCUCAGCUCGCUCGCCGUCUCGGCGCCUUCGGUUGGCCUCCGACGAGGUGGGAGCCGAUGCCUCGGCGUCCGUACCAAGGUUGCCAGUGGCGUGCGGAGUGCCAGCGUGGUGGAUGAUGGAGUGCAAAGGCCGUGGAAACUGAGCGAUGCUCGUCUUGUUCUGGAGGACGGCUCGGUGUGGAGGGCUAAGUCUUUUGGUGUUUCAGGAACACAAGUUGGUGAAGUGGUUUUCAACACAUCUUUGACAGGCUAUCAGGAGAUUUUGACUGACCCAAGUUAUGCUGGUCAAUUUGUCCUGAUGACCAACCCCCAUAUUGGAAACACUGGAGUUAACCCUGAUGAUGAAGAAUCAAAACAAUGUUUCCUUGGUGGCCUAAUCAUAAGAAAUCUAAGCAUUUGUACUUCCAACUGGCGGUGCACAAAAAUACUUGAAGAGUAUCUGAUUAAGAGGAACAUUAUGGGAAUAUAUGACGUGGAUACACGUGCCAUAACACGAAGGUUAAGAGAAGAUGGUAGUCUUAUUGGUGUCUUGAGUACUGACCAAUCUCGGACAGACAAUGAGUUGUUGGAAAUGGCCCGAAAGUGGAAAAUUGUUGGAGUUGAUUUGAUUAGUGGUGUCACAUGUGAUGCUCCAUAUGAAUGGUCAGACAAGACCUACUCAGAAUGGGAGUUCAAGAAGGAUCAGCCAAGUGGAAAUUUUCAUGUGGUUGCUUAUGAUUUUGGAAUCAAGCAUAAUAUUUUGAGACGUUUGGCAUCAUAUGGAUGCAAACUAACUGUUGUUCCAGCAAAUUGGCCUGCUUCCGAGGUACUUAAUUUGAAGCCUGAUGGUGUUCUUUUUAGCAAUGGUCCUGGAGAUCCAGCUGCAGUUCCCUAUGCUGUGAAGACAGUACAAGAAAUAAUAGGGAACGUUCCUGUGUUUGGCAUCUGUAUGGGCCACCAAUUGAUUGGGCAGGCUCUCGGUGGAAAGACAUUUAAAAUGAAAUUUGGUCAUCAUGGGGGAAAUCAUCCUGUUUGUGAUCUCCGAAGUGGACGUGUAGACAUUAGUGCACAGAAUCACAAUUACGCAGUUGACCCAGAGUCACUUCCAGAAGGGGUAAAAGUAACGCAUAUCAAUCUGAAUGAUAAUAGCUGUGCCGGCCUUCAGUACCCCAAGAUGAAGCUUAUGUCUCUUCAGUACCAUCCAGAGUCCUCCCCAGGACCGCACGACUCUGAUCUAGCUUUCGGUGAAUUUAUAGAGCUCAUGCAGAACAACAGAUUGUGAGGAGUGAGGAAUAAUGAUACAUGGAAAGGUUUAAUACCUGUAUCGGAGCUCCUUUGCAGACUUUGCUGGGAUAAGUUCAAAAUAAUUUGUUGUAUCUGUAGUUUUUUGUCUUCCAAAUGCCCUAGUUCUUGAAUUUUGGACGACUUGAGAAUAAGAUGCUUUGGACAUUGUACCACUAAAUCGCCUUUUGAAAUUCUUAUUAUGGCAACAAGAUGCCCCUUGUUCCAUUAUCAA